UUAACUUCUUGAUGUUACUUUGACAUUCAGUUGACAUUAGUGGAUAAAUGUUUCAUUCAACAGACUCUAGUCUUAAAAAAAUAUUUGAAGUAUUUUCACAGACAUGAACCUCCACCAGAAGUGCCUGUCGACAUAGGCUGCUGGCACAGAGAAUCUGAGAAGUCAUCUGAAAAGACAUGUGUCAAGAAGUCUGACUAGUGUGCCGUGUCUCAAAAAAAAAAACAAAGAACCCCCUAUUUUCCUCCUGUGAAAGCAAAAAAGAGAAAUUGUGUGGCAUGGCCAAUGAGACAACAGUGCAAACCUCAUGUAUUCAGGAAAAUCAUGAGGCUGAUGAAUGCCAGGAAAAUAUUCCACCCGGAGCCAUUGUGGCCGCUGUGACUUCAAAGCUCAAGGUUCAAGUAGGAGAUGUGGUAAAAUAUUCUUCCAUACAGUCAACUGGAGAAAAUGAGCCUCUCUCCGACACUUGCGCCUUUUCAACCCCAGCGCCAACAAGCAGCAGUGGUGGAGUCAAGGCAAAGUCACGGAUCUCUGGUCUCCAGUCUGCUCUGACACCAAUUUUGAAAAACUUAGAUAUUGGAAAUAAAUGUCCAUUGCCAGAGCCUUUAAAAGAUGGAAACGAUUCUCAUCUGACUGUUCCCCGUUUUUCCUUUAGCAACACCACAGCGAAUUGUCAAAAAUCAACUGAAGGUUCCAGCCAACAUCCCAAUUCAGAUUUCUCCUGUAGCCAUUCUGGACGAUCAUUUGGUGACACUAAUGCUUCUGUGCACUGGCUGCAUGACGAAUACUUGCCAGAAAUGACUCUCCUUGAUGUUACCUGUGAUUCCACAAUGCAAAUGACCAAAAAUGAUUCAGCUUUUCCUGACAGUGUGCCUUCUACACCUGUAACAGCUCAGUCUGUGAGCACAUAUACCGCUCUCCGGCACUCCCAGGUGAGUGCGCCCACCAAUUUGAAAACCACUGCUCAAAUACCCUGCCCUCAGAAUAAGACACUGGGUCUUCAGCAAUCUGAUGUUAGCAGUCUCAAAAAAGAACAUGAGGCCGCAGAUCAGGCUCAUUCAGUCUCUAAGAACACCACUGAAAUGUCCCUUGUUAUGAAUCAGAGUAGUUCAGCUGGUAAGACAGGUAGAUCGUGUGAAGUGCGGGAUGUCACUUUUGAUAGGGAUUCUCUUCAAAAACAGAGUGGCACAGUAACUGUAUCAGAAACAAGCUCAAGUGACAGUUGGCAGAAUACUAUGGACAAGCCCUCUCCUCCCAAGGUCUUCAGUGCUAAAGAAAAGCAAUCCCAAGUCUGCCCUCCUGAACUGUCGAAACACAAUGGGACAACACCUAGUAAAUACUCUAGUGCCGAGAUGGCUGACAUCCCUGGGAGCAUAGAUGCUCCUCUGCGCUGGCUGGAUGACAGAUACUUCCCAGAAAUUACUCUCCUUGAUGUUACACGUGAUUCAGAGUUUUCACCAGGAGGCGAAAUGCCCUCCUUGGAUGUCACACAGGACAUUUCACCAGUAGAAAGUUUGCAAAACAACAUGCCUUCCUCAGAGCUCAGUGGACAAAUUGUGACAGAGCCUGGCUCGUUGAACAUCAAUCAAAGCGAAGAUAUGUCGAGUACACUUGAUGGCAGUGCCACUCGCACCAUAAGCUCCUUUAGUGAGCAGUCUGGUAAAUGCGUUGGUGAAAACACAACGAAAGCUUUCCUGGAAGCAACUCGGGAUAUUUCAAUGGGCAGUGUUUUGGAGGAUAGUCGGCCUUCAUUGGGGUCCAGUGGACAAAAUAUGGAGAAGAUUCAAACAUCGACUGAGGGCACACUUGGUGCCCACCCUGCUAAUGUCACCCACGACAUAAGCUCCUCCAGUGAUAUGUCUGUUCAGGUUGCUGCAACACAGUUGUCUACUUCUGAGGUGCAGUGUAACACUAGUGCAAAGAAUGUCACCCUUGAACUUCAUGGUGAGCCUGAGGUGACCUCUAAUACUGUGGGAGCUAACAGUGAAGAGCUACUUACCAGCCAUGAUGCUGAGUUGACCAGCAAGGUGCCACAAGCAAGCCCAAAAAGAGCUGGGUCUAUGAACAGCACUUUUGAUAAGAAUUCUCUUCAAAAAUCUAGUGGCAAUACAAUUCCAGGAGAAGCUGUUGCUACAACCUUUUGUCUUCAGAACAUCACCUUCGAAACUAAAUCUCCCAAACAAAAUGGCACAAUAACCUUGUCAGAAACAAGCUCAACUGACAGUCACCACAACACUUUGGACAAGCCCUCUCCUCCUAAGGUCUGCAAUGCAACGAGUAGCCCCAAAGACAACAAUUCUGAAGUCCACCCUCCUGAGCAGUCAAAACAUAGUGUCACAACAACUAUUACAGACCCUGAUGCCAAGAUGGCUGACACGCCUGAGAGCACGUUUGACACUAAUCCAACUGUAGACACAGCUUCUGAAGCUGGUCACUGUGAGACUAAGGAUCAUUUACAAUCAGGCCUGCCUAUGAGAGAUGGUCUUUCUGACACUUUGGGCCAUCAUAACAUGGAUACAGAGGAUAACAAAGGAAACACAUUAAACUUGGAUGAUACCCUAGAUUUAAGGGCUGACUGUUUGGUAACCUCAACACCAAUGACUAGCUGCAAAAUAAUGAACUUUUACACUGCACAAGACGAGGGCAAAGCCAUGGGGGCACAGAAAAAACUGUAUGGGGAUGGUCCCAGUAAGCCAGGCGGUCAGGCCCCAUCAGACAUCCCAUCAAACAUCGUCUGUGAUCGAAAAACAUUCUUGACACAACCUGCUGCUGUAUCCCUUUUGCCUCCCUUGAAAGCUGCAUCCAAAUUGCUGAAGUGCAAGCCGGCCUCCACACUUUCAGGAAGGUUUGAGCCACAGUCAUCAGGCCUGCCCAUGACGAGGCAAAGAACCCAAGCCAUGAUGAGACAGAAAACCCAAUCUGCUGCUUCUGAUGCACCCCACAAGACCACAGGAAUAUCAACCUCCCACAACUUGCGUGCUGCACCAACAGGAUCCAAGCAGCCCAGUCCUGGCAAACCGAGUGGCAUACCGUCAGGCAUCCAGAGAGCCAUACCAGGUCUCAGGCCGCCAUCAGCAAGAGGCAACACACCAGCUCCUUUGAGGACUGACAAGCUCAAUGGACCGACAGCUUCUAACCCUGCAACAAAGAUUUUGCAAGCAACGAAGCACCCCUUCACUGGAGGCGAAGCAUUGCCAAUAGCAAAGAGGAAGAGAAUGGAUGCUCCCUUACCCUCCGGUAGUGCUGAAGCCCCAAAAUCUUCCUCUGUUGCUGCAAACAGAGCCAAAAAGCCAAAACAGCCCACCACCAGUCAGAGAGCUUUGCCAGCUAAAAGCCAAAGAGAUGAUGCUGAAGUGCCAGCCAGUACUGCUGAAAUAUCAGCAUCUUGCAAUGCUGUUAGCAGAUCCAAAGCCCUGAAGCAGCCUGUGUCUAGCCAUAGAUCUCUGCUACCUAAACCCCCAGGCCAUGGUUGUGCCAAGUGUGUCGUCCUUGAACAGCAACUUGAAAUGAAAUCAGAAGAAAUAAGGAGACUGAAAGAAGAGCUGCUGAAGUACAGUAAUCAAGAGGAAGACUGUUGACAUUGAUUCCAUUAUAUUCCCAGUGUGAAUACUAGAAGAAUGCUAGUGUGCAUAAUGGAAUAUGUGCUAUCUUUCAUAAAUGUCUGCAGCCACAGUUUCACACUGUAAAUAAUUUUGAAUUCAAUAAAUGUAUUUUACUAAUAAAUAUGCUAACAUUUAACACACCUUUACUCAUUUAAACCAGUUGUUUAACACAAUGUACUGUAUGUUAUGAAUGUAUGUUAUAUUAUUGAAGUCUGGUGCAGUAUAAUAUGCUCACAGGAAAACCUUACACUCUGAAUUGGAUGCCAGUUAUAAAAUGAACCACACAUAGCUUUAAAUGUUUUAAUUGGUUGUCAUCUAACCUAACUAAUAAGAACAUUUAUUGACAGGAUAUGAUUUGAUGAUGAGCUUUGUAAUAAGGCUGAAACAGUACUUCCACUGCCAGUGCACAAACCUGAUUCCAAAAAAGUUGGGACACUGUAAAACAAAUACAAACAGAAUGCAACCAUUUGCAAAUGAACUGUGUUUGAAUAUGGAUAUA